AUGGCGUCGUACCUGAGACUGCCCUUUGGUUCCUCAGCCUCGGGCUCAUCAGCCGCCGGCUCAGGUUCGGCGUCGUCAGCCCAUCGAGCGCGGACGGUCGCCACUCCCGACUUUGGCGCCUUUGAUCUCGAACAUGACGACGAAGAUGGCAGCGAUGAAGACGACGAUGAUAAUCACGAAGGUGGACACAUGCUCUCGACCUCACAUCCAACGGCAACGCAAGCUGGAUCGAUUCGGCUCGGCGACGAUACCGAUGUGGACCCGCUGACGCAACACCAGCGACACCACAUCGGUGCAGACCGCUCCACGACUGCCGCGAUCGUGAACCACCAUGCGGCUUCAUCCUCACCCAUACCAACCUCCAACAUCACCCGCAUCCCAGGAGCGUACGACUUUGAGCCGCAGCCGCACCACGGAGGAGGAGGGGUUGCUGCAGGUGCCCCGCUUUCGUCGCCGCCGAGACUGGGGCGCGUGGUCAGUCACUCCGGACCUGGGGCCACGGGCAUGUCCGCCAACAUCCCAUCCGGCAACGAUGCGAACAAUCGAGACACGAGAUCGCUACGAGAUCGCUUCAUGCCGUCGGCGCUGUAUGCUCGCAUCAACCGCUCCGAUAUGGACGACUCGCCCGAGCAAGACGGUCUCCUCUUUGAUCAGGACGAGGACGAUUCCGAGCAUCGCACCUCGACCACCUCACCGACGGCAUCGACCUACCCACCCUAUCGAGUACCCGGCGUCGGCUCCCUUCAUGUCCCACUGCCGGCGAGAGCGCCUCAAUUCGGGGCACCGACCCCGUCGCCGGGGGCUGGCGGACGCAUCUACGGAGGUGGGCAGGCGAAUGAUGGCGUGUUUGGCAAUCUGAGCGCCAAGCCCGAUGGGUACCCGCGGGGUAGUGAUUAUGUCGGUGGCGACGAGUCUGGAGGUGACAAGGAUGAGAUCCUGCCGGUGAGUUCAAUGUUCAAAGUCCAAGGAUCGACAGGUGUCGAGGCCCCGUGCUGAGCCCCUUGCUGCUUCGUGCUUCGGACAGUCCUACACGGCCGCUGCUCUCGAUUCGACUCCGCCGUAUUGGGAAACGACCGUCGUCACCCCAGGAGGUGUGCUUGGGCCGGACGACAUUCAUGUUGAUGGACUGCCUGUCGGCAACCUCUUUGGGUUCAUGUGGAAUCUGCUCGUCUCGAUGUCGUUCCAAUUUGUCGGCUUUCUCCUGACCUACCUACUGCACACGACUCACGCCGCCAAACAUGGCUCUCGUGCCGGUCUGGGUAUCACGAUGAUGCAACUCGGCUUCUAUCUCAAGCAACAGGCCGAUCACCCGGAGCUUUUGAUGAUGCAGAUCAACGGCUCUAUGCCAAACCUGAUGGACGUGCCGAUGGACGAUGGGGCGGGCACGAGAUGGUCAUGGUGGGGAGGUGUUUCGACCGACGCGAUCGAUGGUCUCAAUGAAACGGUCGCUGCGACGGCGACGGCGACGGCGACUUCGGCUGCGAUCGGCUCGAUCCCGACGCAGAUUGGCAAUGGGAUCAGUGGGGCGCUGAACGCGAGUGAUCCGGACGGGUUUCCUUCUUUGACGGGCAACGUGAAUGCCGAGGAGUUUGUGCGCAUGUCGACGAAUGCGAAUGAGUGGAUGGCGUUCAUUAUGGUCACCAUCGGCGUGAGUGCAGCAUCGUGAUCGAAAUGUGUGGGAUGUUCUUGACCGACGGAUUGCUUCUGCUCAUCGUUUGCCAGGCCUUCUUGUUCGUCGGAGGAUGUCUGAGCUACUGGCGAGCAGUGCGUUGGGCUCGAGCCAUCUCACAGAAUCGAGGCCCCGGGAUGACCGAGGCCUGA